CUAAAGAAAACAGCUGAUAAGUUAGUCGAAUAUUUCAGAUUGAUGAGGAGAAAUCAAAAACUGAAUGAAAAAUAAGUCUAUUUUCUUUUAAAAUAUAGAAGAAUGGCUGUUUCAACACCAAGUCAUGCACGUCAAGUUUGUACUUUGUACAAACGAGCUUUACGUAAUUUAGAAUGCUGGUAUGAUCGCAGAGAAGGAUACCGCUUUCAAGCUGUACUUCUACGAGACCGAUUCGAUAAAAAUAAAAGUGAAAAGGAUUUGGUAAAAGCUACACAACUUCUUAAAGAGGGCGAAGCUGAGCUUUUUAAAUAUAUUCAUUAUCAACCCCGACAAUUUCCUGAAUCACCAGGAGGUGUUGCAUACAAACGUCAAGUCAUUCCCCCCGAUUGGGUAUUGGAUUAUUGGCAUCCAAUGGAAAAGGCUCAGUAUCCUGAUUAUUUUGCUCGCCGAGAACAACGUAAAAAGGAAUACUUAACCUGGUGGGAAAAACAGUAUGGUCCACCUAGUGAGGCAGAUUUAAAAGGAGGACAUUGAUCCUCUUUCGUUAAAUCUUAAAUGUUAGUUGAAAUUGUGUUAAAAUAAUUACUGUAAUAUUUUGCAAAU